AUGAAGUUUGGGAAGAGUCUGAGCAACCAGAUCGAGGAGACCUUGCCGGAGUGGAGGGAUAAAUUCCUCUCCUACAAGGACCUGAAGAAGCGCCUCAAACUCAUUGGGCCCGACUCCAUCCCUGAACGCCCUAGCAAGAGGCCGUGCUUAGAUAACCGGAAUGACAUUACCAAAGACGCCUCCGUCAUCACAAUCGGAGGAUAUCCUCCCCCAUCCUCCACCGUCGCGGCUUCCAUGACGCGGGAGGAGGAGGACUUCCUGAAUCUUCUGGAGGCGGAGCUCGAGAAAUUCAAUUCAUUCUUCGUCGAGAAGGAAGAGGAGUACAUUAUCCGCCAGAAGGAGCUGCAGGACCGAGUUACAAGGGCAGCGGAACUGGAAUCCAAAGAGGAGAUGAUGAUGGCGCGCAAGGAGAUCGUCGAUUUUCAUGGAGAGAUGGUCCUCCUCGAGAACUACAGUGCUCUUAAUUACACUGGGUUAGUGAAGAUACUAAAAAAGUAUGACAAAAGAACAGGAGCUUUGAUCCGACUUCCUUUCAUCCAGAAGGUGCUGCAGCAGCCUUUCUUCACUACUGACCUUCUUUACACGCUAGUGAAGAAGUGCGAGGUGAUGCUGGAUCAUCUUUUCCCAAAGAAGAACGAACCUUUCAUUUCUUUUGAAGAUGGUGAUAAUAAUGGUGAACAAGGUGAUGAAAGGGAGCAGAAGCCAUCAAAGCAAGGAUCCAUUAUGGCCAAUUUUGGGGUUCCAGAACUUGAGGAGAUAGAAUACAUAGAGAGUCUUUAUAUGAAGAGCACCAUAGCAGCUUUGCGGAUACUGAAUGAAAUAAGAAGUGGUAGUUCUACUGUUAGCGUCUUCUCCUUGCCUCCAUUACCGAGCAGUGGAGUGGAUGAGAGAUGGGAUAAUGUCCCUGCGGUAGAACAAGCUGCAAAAUAGCUGAGAGAUUGCGUGGGCAUUUCUGGCUGGUUUGAUUCCUUUGGAUUUUUGCUUUGAACUGGCCUGAUGAUAGUUCUUCUAUUGUUUCUCCUUUUUAUUCUUUAUGUGGGUAUGCCUGAAGGCUUUUUAGGAGUUUAUAUAUCUUUAAUUCCUGUAGUUGAUUUCAUCUUUCUAACAAGAUGUAAAAUAUCAAAUACGAAUGUAAAAUUUAUAGUGUGAGCUUACUUUUGGAAUUUUUUACGUAGCAUAA